AUGAGCCGAAGUGUCAAAACUUUGAUGACACUUCUCCAUCAGGCAACGUCUUUACAACUCUUCUGUAAUUCAUGGUUCAUCGCUGACAGCAGCGCCCCUGUCGUCUGCGGAAGAUGUCAGCAACAUUGUCUCACUUUAUUUGAGUACUGGGAAACGUGCGAUCGGCCAUCAUGCCAAGAAGUACUUUUGUCACCACUUACGAUUGACAACUUCGGCUUUCGUUUGUGCGAAGUGAUUACUAUUGCAUCUGAGAGAACUUCAAAAGUGAUUGUUCGAGAAAAACCGUCUUUGGAAGACAGUUUGAAAUUGCAAGGUCAUAUGGUCGACGAACUAAAUGGUGAAAGAGGCAGCAUCUCAACCCAAAUUCCUUGUAUCAUCUCAGCGGUAUCUUGUAUUCAGGCAGUGAUCCAAUGCCAGGUUCUUUUAAAAGCACAUAGUGGAGGUUUAUCUCGGAAAUACAGAGAUCUAGAAUUCUUUUACAAUAUAAGGUGAGUACAGCACUAGUCAUAUAAAAU